ACAUAGAUAGUAAAAAUAAAUUGAAUGGAGUUUACCCUGCUUUUGGUAGAACCCUCCGGAAACCUCCAAUUUGAGUCGGAAACCUCCAAUUUGAGUCUUUAUAAAUCUAAACUCAUGCUCACAGCAUAUAAUUGCAACGCGAUUUCCUCACAUAUGCAGCAUGUUUUUAUUCUUCGUAGGAGGAGUUACUCGAGAGGUCCGUCAGGUGCUGAAGCAAGAAGCGGGAAGGUGUAUCAAUUGCCGGUCACCGGCGGAUCUUGUGGACACCAAUAACGUCUUAAAACUCUUUUUCGUCCCGGUUUGGCGGUGGCCGGGAAAAGACCAACUCAUGCACUGCAACAAUUGCGGCCUUUUCUAUCCGCCGUCGUUAUCCCCGAUUUCUUCCGACUUUCGGCCAUCGGAAAGCCUCCGAUGUCAAUUCUGCGCACGGGAGGUCGAUUCUGAUUUCAGGUUUUGCCCCUUUUGUGGCUCUGCUCUCUGAGUUAAUUGAAGCUGGUAAUCGAAAUUAGUCAUAUCAAUAAGCAAUUUAUUUGCCUUGACGAAUGCUCAGUUUGUAUAAUCUGUUAGCAUGUAGUAUUUCAUCGACAUGUAGGUGGAUCGAUCGGGUGUUCUUCGAGUUUGAAUUGGCAGUAGAGCCCUAGUUUUCGUCAUAUUGAUCCACACCAAACAAAAUCCCCAAUAAAAAUGUACAAAACUAGGAAUCUUCUGUUGGAUGAUUCGAAAAUACAUUUUGAAUGAUGACACUGAACGAAA